CCAACCCUGUUCGUGGUUAAUUCAGAUUUAAACUCCCUUGCCUUGUGGUGAAACUCUUUAAGUUGUCGUGUCGUGUUUAAAAAGUGUCGCAUUGGUUUUAUUCAAGUCAAAGUAAAAAAGGUGUAGACUUGAAUCAAAUAAUGACGAAGGUCCAAAAGGAGGUAUAUUUUAAUGCGCUCUGCUCACUUUGAUGUGGUAUGACAUGACAUUUGAGAGCAUGAUUUGGUUCAGACUUUUGACGUAUCUCCUUUUUUGAGGGUUUUAUGAUAUUUCUUGUCGCCAUGGAAAAGUUAUAAUUGCUCUCUCUCUCUCUUUCUCUCUCUCAUUUCCCGAUCUUUCUAUUGAAUUUCAUAUGAAAAUGUCAUCAAAUGGUAGUCGUAUCCACAUUUUAUAUGGAAGGCCAAAAUGAUGUUUGUCUCGUACUUUGAAUCCAUCUGGUCAGUUAUGAGGAUUGAAAAACUGUUGACUUUUAUGUUUUUGCUUAGAAACAGGAUGCUUAUUCCUUAAUUUCCGCUUUUUCUAAAUCCACCAAUAGUAUGUACUUUACGUAUAUAAAGGCUUGUGGUUCAAAUCCAAGCCAGUUCCGUUGAUUUGUAAAAGUCUUAACAUGUUGAACUCUUUGAUCCAGAUUCUGCAUCCAUGUCUGAUUUUAACAGCAUCAAGCUCCAGCUCAAUGAUCCAUGAGAUAAUUGGAGGGAAUCACUCAGUGAACCUUGCGUCUGGCAAUCCUGGUCCAUUUUGGGAAAGUGUGGACCACAGUCGAAGCUGGCUCAUGAUCACGAACGAUUGGAAUGACAUUUCGGGAGUGGCAUUUUCGUUACACGUUGCUUUUUUCGGGGAAGGCCAACCUCCCGUUCCAAAGGUUCCCAUACUUAUUCAUCAUUACAUUGAUUCAAAAUUCAAGGCAGCUCAAGCCUUGUGUCCUGACGGGAGCGUCAACUCUUACGGUUCAGUUCAUGAAGAGAUGUCGUGGACACCGAGAUUUGGUUGCCCUGAAAUUUCUCCCUUCAAAGUUUCUUACCGUGGAUUGCCGCCAUAUAUUUAUCAUUUGCCUUCAGGGCCGAUCGGGUUAGACAUGGAUAUACUUUGGAUCCUCACUCAAAAGAUGCAGGUGGAAGUGGAACUUAUCGAAACGAAUACUUGGUUGAGAAUUGAUCCCACAACUGGGGCCUUGAGCGGAAGCAUUGGCAUGGUUAUGAAUCGAAGCUCCGAUAUGGCCAUGGGUAACAUGGUUCGACCGAUUGAAAGUAUCUUGAGAGCUUUGGACAUGACCAGAUUGGUUUAUGAUUUGGAUGCCAAAUUCGCUGUGGUUAAACCUCGCCCUGUCGCCCCGUUUCUCAAUAUUGUUCGGCCAUUUUCAGUUUUGAUCUGGAUGACAUCACUGGGGAUCACUCUGAUUUGCGCCAUUACUUUCACCCUGGUGAACAAGCACACCAACCUUCCGAAUAAGGUCAUAUUUUGGUGGAUGCUUGGUGUCUUUCUAUCUCAAUCCCGUUCGGCAGGAUUUGCUCGGAACCGUAAAGUUCAUCUCAUGAUGGUGUUGUGGAUCUUCUUCACGAUGUGUUUGGAUCAUUUCUACGGGAGCAACUUUCGAGCCAACUUGAUUGCUGUAGAUUACGAACCUUCACCGGACUCUGCAGAAGAUUUGGUCAAUCUUGGUCGUCGCCUUUACGUCCCCGAAGGCACCACGUUUUUGUCAAUGUUGGAUGAUCAUCCGGAUACCAACUACCAAAUCCUGGGCCAAAUUGCUCGCCAAGAAGGACUUUUUUUCGGUUAUGACCAACAAGGUUUGAUUGAAAGUAAAACCGAGCAGGACAUUUUGCAGAAUGAGGACGGAUUUAUUACCAAUGAGUAUAUGGGCCUGGCUACAUUUGACAAUUUGGAAAUUCGUCAUGGUGGACAAAAUCCUAUUCGUUUUUCCCGACAAGCCCUUUUGGCGCUGACAGGACACUUCCCACUCCAACUAAAUUCCCCCUACAAAUACGAAAUUGACCAUGUGAUUCUGAGAUUGCAAGAGGGUGGCAUUAUUAACCACAUACGAGAGUCCUACAUCAAACCCAAAUUUUUGUUAAAAUCACAAGAUCAGCAAGUUCAACUCGAGCCGUUCUUGUUGAAGCACGUGUUGACCAGUCUGUUUAUUUUGUGUGGCGGACUGAUUCUGUCGGGAGCAAUACUUAUCUUGGAAUAUUUUACACCAAAAUAUCAUAUCUUUAAGUGAUUGACCCUUGGUUUUGGUGGAUUUGCAAAUUGAGGUUUUAUCAGCCGAAAGAAUUAAACAACUUUUCAUUCAAGAUUUUAUGAUGAAAGAAAAUUUCUUUUUUGCCGACCCUGAGGAAGAGCAGUGUCUAUAAUACCUUGUCGCUGUUCUCAAUUCCCAAAAUAAUCCACAACAACAAAAAAAAUGAUGUCAUCAAUUUUAGGGACUGAUCAUAUUUAUGCCAUUUUUUCCUCCAAAUGAAUAAGCACAUCUUUCUUUCGAAUAAGGUCAUAUUUUGGUCGAUGCUUGUCGAUAUUUUCGAUUCCGAAUAUAAUGCACAGAAAUAAAAAGUUACUUUGUUAAUAUUGCACCACUCUCGUCUUCAUUUUUUUUAUUUUAGAAAUCAAACAUUUAUUAUACAGGCUUAGAUUUUUUAUUUGUCUUUUUUGUGCCCUGUCCUGAUUACCAAGGGGAAAAUAACCCCUAACACCUAACACCUGAAGGGUGAAAAAUGAUGACAAGAAUUGUCUCUCGACCUAAUCAUAACGCUUACAAUGUUUCCGUUUGAUCUACAAAUAAUUUCGAAUGAUGGUUGCUACCUUCCUCUAAUCACCAAGGGUCUCGUAUUUUCUAAUAAUCCUUACAGGUUUGUAAAACCUCUGAAUUUAAGGUUGAUUUGAGUUUGCAAUACACAAUGAGUGUGUACAUAUUUUGCGUCCGAUUAAAGAUAUAGACUAGAGCUCGAUCGCGACUUUGAAAAACACGUACGUAUACAGGAUAAGAGAGAUUCCUGGCAAGAGACCGGAGUUCAUAUUUAACAAUAGUCACACCACCAAAUAUACCUAAGAACUCCAGCGGUGCAAGGUGCUGAUAUGGUCCCUUGUGGGACACAAAACUUGUCACAUUUGUUGGCGUUGAAUCUUUCAAUCAGUACCAAUUGCUUCUGACAGAUGAUAAAUAAAUGAACUUGUCUAUGUUGUCAAUCUCGUAGAGUUUAUGAGGCAACAGAUCUGGUUUGGCAAGGGCCUUGUUGAGAUUGACUAUAAGCUCAAGAAUUAAGAUUCGUAGGAUUUUAAGAUCAAAAACAGCCUUAGCAGACCGUCGGUCAGAUAUAAUUCAGUAUUUUCUAAAGCUGUCAAAUGGGCAGAAGGAUUUUCUAGCAGAAAAAUAUUUUUCUACUUGGUACAAUUGUUGCAUUGUUUUUUUUUUAUUUUCCUUCCCCGACCAACCGCCAAUAUAGCAUUAAAUCUGGAAAUGGUCCGAAACAAGAACGAUCACAACGCACGAUCAUCAUUGGCUACAGAAAUAGUAAAACUCUAUUGUGAAACUUUUUAAGAGACAUUUUUGUAGAGAAAUUGAACCACUUGACAUGGUGACUUGCUACAAAAAUGAACCGAGUAACCUGGCAACGAAGCAAAACCACCGGCUUGGUUCAUUCAACCACACAACACAAACGAACACUCUGAGAUGCGUGAAGACAACCACUGGAAAAAGUUAUGGAAGUUGAUCCCUAUAUUCGGGUACUAAAUGAAUGCCUAUCGAUCCCUUUCAUUGGAAGUAGAUCAGUUCAUGUUAUUUGUUCUAUUUGUUUUUUCUUUAAAGAAGGUGAAGUGAAGUGAUAAUUCAGGAGGGAAGAUUUUUUCUCAGUGUUUUGAGCCUCUUUGUUUCAAGUCUAUAAAUUGUCAGGUUUUCCACUUUCCUUUGUUCAGUCAAAAAGUGAAAUCAAUCUCGAACAUGAAGCGAAGCCAAAGUGUCACGACCCCGUUGGGUCUUACCAUUUCAAUUUUACUCAUCGUUUUGUCUCUGGAAUCCGUUUUAUCUUACAAAAUACAGCCCGCUUCUGUAAGCCAACUGUUCAAGGACUAUGAGACCUGGAAGCUCAAACUAUUCCCCGAUCUCGCCUACAAAGAUGGAUACACUCAAUACGACGCAUUCUUGCCCAAUUCAUCGCUCUCUGCGCUGGAAUACACCAAAACGGGAUGCGAGUACUUCAAAAAUCAAGUCACUGCCGAAUUAGCGGGCCAAUCUCUGACCAAAGAAGAUCGACACGCUUUGCGGGUCAUGCUUUAUGAGACCGAGACUUGUUUGAAAGGAUUGCCUUUGAAAGGGUUCCUUCUACCCCCUAUCCAUCAACGUCAUGGUAUUCAAAUUCGAUUGCCAGCUCAAUUCAAACGCCGAAACCUCCAAAGUGCCCCUCGUGAGGAAGUGGAUGCUCUUUUUAAGAAAAUGCUGGCCAUUCCCGACUAUCUGAAGGGCGUCCAAGACCGUUUAGCGCAAGGCGUUGCUCAAGGUAUCACAUUUGCGCCCGCUUCCAUGGCAGGAGUCGAAGAUCAAUUCGAUGAUCUUCAAGUGGCCAGCCCUGAGGAAUCGGAUUUUUACGCUCCAUUUGCCUCGUUGAGCGAGUCUAGAACUCUCGAUCCUAGUUUGGUGUCCCAGAUCCAAGAUGCGGUGAAGGCACAGGUCAAGGAGAAAGUGCUGCCCGCAUUCAAGUCUUUGAGGGACUUCAUCGCCAAUGAGUACCGCAGGAAUCUCCGGUCUUCUCCCGGAGUCUCUGCUUUUCCCAAUGGGAAAGCUUAUUAUCAAGCAGCCUUGGAUUUCCAUGCCACUCUACCCAACGUUGAGGCGGAUGUUUUGUACGAUGAAGGCUUCCGAGUAGUCGAAGGUCUCCGAGCAGAGUUGAAAAAAAUCCUGGACAAGUACGUGGGUAGCAAGGAGCUCCCAUUAGAUGAACAGAUCAUGUUGGUCUUACGAGACGAUAAUAUGUACUUUAACUCGGAAAACAGCCUUCUCCAAGCCCUUCAGAAUUUGAUCGACGAAAAGAUAUCUGUCAACUUGGACCAAGUCCUAUCUUCGCAACAACUCACUUCCGAUGUCUUUGAUCUUCAAGUUUAUAAGGUCGACCAUGGCCGAGCCCAAUAUCUUCCAGGUUCAGAGAAGUGGUCCGCCGGGAUCCUUAUCAACACAGACAAGUACCGAAACUUUCGACGAACGGAGCUUCUACCCUUGGCCCUGAAUCUGGGUAAUCCAGGACAACAUCUGGCCACAGUGAGCAACCAAGAUUUCCCCAAGUCCAUGAACGGCGAAUUACGAGAUGAUCCCUCCAUGGUUCCCAGUACGUUUCCAAGCUACACCGCCCACGCCCGAGGUUGGGACACUUAUGCCGAGUAUUUGGGCUUCGAUAUGGGUCUGUACAACGACGAACCCAUCGGUCCCUUCGAGUACUACUUGAGUAAUCUCUUCCUGGCGGCUCGUUUGGUGGCAGAUGUGGGCAUCCAUGCCAAGGGCUGGACCCGAAAUGAGGCCAUUGAUUACUUGGCCCAGAAUACCUUCAUCUUGCGGGAUCGAGCUGUCAUGGAAGUGGAUCGAAUCAUUACAUUCCCGGGAAUUGAGACUGCGGUUAAAAUCGGAGAAACGUUCAUUCGGAACAUGAGACGAGCCCGGGAGGAAAAAGAGACGUCCGGUUUUGAUUUGAAGAAGUUCCAUGAAGACCUCCUCGCAUGCAAGGGACCGUUGACCUUAUUGCAAACUUGCAUGGAUGAUCGCAACUAGAUAUAAUUCUCAUAAAUGUUACCCGUACCAAAUUAGAAUAUUUCAAUAGGUUUUUAACACGAUUAUUUGAUCCCAUGUUUUAUAUAUCAAUUAGGAAAUUUCGGAUCAUGAAUCCAGAAUAAAUGAGUAGUAAUAAUUCUUAAAAUAAUAAAAGCGAGACCUUGCCUCUCAAUAUCAGUUUACAUUACACUGCAGCAACCAUGAGUUGCCCUCAUGAUCGUCCCCUAUUCUCUGAGGAAGCGGUUUGUAUGGGACAAGACUCUCUCAACACUGAAAAAUCCGCUCCGACAAUAAACAUCGGCACUUUGUCACCAUUCAUAGUCUCAUCCAACUCCCUACUGACAACCCGAAUGACCCGAACCGUUCUAGUUUGAAGGCUUUAAAAAUCAAGAACAGCCACUGGAUGUGGACCACUCUGUUCGAAUGGACAAUUCAUGUCAGUGUUGCAAUUAUACCUACAAAGGCCCCCUCUCAUGGCACACUCUCCCCCUUCUCUCUGGCCUCUUUUGCCUCUUCCGCCUUCCUUUCUGUCAUGUGAAGGCUUCCUUUCCUUUCCAAAGACCAGUGUUGUUUGCUGCUCUGGUGAGAUGGGAACCCGAAGAGAAACCCCUGGAGCCCAGGAGUUCAAUAGAACGAGUCAGCUAGACGCGCAAUAAUGUGAAAAGCCAGCAAGAAGCAUAAGUGAAGAUAAGUCUCUUCCGCAUGAAUUAGCAGGACAGUUGACAUCAAUGGGCAACAACCUCUGAAGACAAGGAUGGCCUUCUUGUUGAGACGUCUUCGGGUCCACCCAUUUGCUUAUCUGUUGGUUUUGGUCUUGGGUCUGUCAAUCACUAAUAUUUGCCUUCACAAAUUGGGGGUUGUCAAGCCACCAUCCCUCUCUUCCACAUCUCAAAGAUAUAUGAAGAAAGUUGACGUCAAGCUCAUCAAAAACUCGGAAUUGACUAUUCUAGCUCAAAUCAGGUAUCCUGAUCGCGAUAGAGCACUUCUCUAUGGCAGUCCAAUCCAUAAAAAGGUCAAGAUGAUCAUUGGGCUC